AUGGCCAGCUGGAUGGCCAGCUUUGUUUGUGUUGCUUACCUGGGGAACGCCUGGUAUCAUGGAGAAGAGCAAGCUGUCAGAGCCUGUCUUCAGGUCAACCCUGACAGGUCUCAGUUCUUCAGGUAUGACAACAUCUCUUUGAGCUGUGGCGAACAGUUGAACAACACUGGUUGGAAAGUGAAGAGGAAAACGCUCGCAGGGGGGACCAGACCCUGCUCCUCUGGCUGGGGCUAUGCCUCCUCGGGUUCGACUUGCAUCAUCGGACAAACCUACCCACCAGACAGCGGCGUGUACUGGUGUGAGUCUGUCAGUGGGGAGCAGAGCAAUGUGGUCAACAUUACCAUUACUGAUCAGCCUGUGAUUCUGGAGAGUCCUGCCCUUCCCGUGUCCGAGGGAGCCACUGUAACACUGCAUUGUACACCUGAGACAAAGUCCUUCAACCAGUUUUUUGAUUUCUAUAAAGAUGGCCACUGCAUCAAAAGGAACUCCACAGGAGAAAUCACCAUUAAAAGGGUUUCUAAAUCUGAUGAAGGACUCUAUAAAUGCAGCAUUUCAGGAGGUGAAGAAUCACUAGGCAGCUGGCUGGCAGUUGAUGCUUCAUCUCAGGAGUUUCCUUCAUCUACAUCUGCAGCUGAACCGGCCGCCCCCUGCUCUUUUUCUGUCUUAAGACUAGUAUUUCACCUGUUGGUGGGAACGCCUUACCUGGUGUCCACUGUUCUACUGGGGCUUAUAUACCGAGACAGGAGGAGAGCAGCUCAGAAUGCUGCAAAGAGAAUGAGCACGGAUCAUGUCAUCAUGGAAAUGGUUGUUUAACCAAACAAGCUGAUGAACAUGUACCACGAGGUGUCCUGAACGGUUUUUCCUGUCCUGAUGCCACUGCGAGUGCCUGCUGCGCAAUCUUUCUUCAUAUCUUACCACUUAUAGCCCUUUCAACAGUAUCUCAGGUCGACCUGAUGUGGCUCUAAUCGACUUUAAUCAUUUUCCAUUAAAAGGACCACUUAAUGUGCGUGAGGUCAUCAUAGCAAUGUGGACAAAAGACCCAUGACAUCAUUUGUAUGUGACGCCAACACCACGACAGGUUGAGGCGAUGGUUCACCUGCUUCGAUGUAUGACACCCGGUCAUUGGGGACUAUUGAUGAGUUAGGCUCAGAGAGAAAGGUUUGAAUUCAGUUAACAUCCACUCAUUUGAAUGGAAUUUUUAUCUGUUUGGAAAACCAAAAUUGAAUAACCAGAGUGCAAAACGAUGCAUACUUAAUUUACUUUUUUAGCAUCUAGCUCAAACAAACCGUGGGUUAAUAACCCUAGAUGGGUCACCAGAGACCUGUUGAAUGUUAGGAGUUUAAAAACAGAAAGAGCAUUUGUGUGUUUAGAGGAGACAAAGAUGUGUCUUAGUUUUUAUUCCUGUAAUGAGAUUUUUUUAAUCAAAUUUUUGUUUUUGGUUUAUUU